UCAUCUUCUAUUCACUUCUCUACAAUGCUCGCGAGUCGGGCACAUAGCACCGCCCUCGCUGCCGUCGUCGCAACCUCGUCCUCGGCCGCGCUCCUCCUCUCCGCCCUCCUCGCGAUCGCAUCCCUUUCGACGAUCGUAUACGGUCAGGUCGGAAAUGACUGGCGAGACCGCACGCCGCCCGCAUUGCAAAACGCAACGCAGGCCGCGAACGACGAGCUCGGCAACCUCACCAACCGCGUAGCAAACAAUAUCGCCAAGAACUAUGGCUUCUGCAUUAGCGACCCGCACAGGGAUUGGGAUAAUGCGUUCAAUUUCUCGGCUGAUCUAAGCUUCGUGGCAAAUUGUAUUCAACAAACGAAAGGCGACUUCACGGGCCGGCUGUGCUCGGAGGCGGAGAUCAGGUUCUACUUCGGCGGUCUGUACAGCGGCGACGGCGGCGGGGGGAUCAACUACCUGAAGCCCAACAAGAACUGCAACUCCACCUCCUGGGUCUCGGGAUGCGAGCCCGGCUGGGCCUGCGCCGUCGGCCCCGACCAGACCCCCGCUUCCGCCGGCGGCGGCGGCGUCGCCCGCUACUUCCCUUCCCGCACCCAGAGCUGCGCCCCCUGCUGCCCGGGUUUCUUCUGCCCUCGCGGCCUCACCUGCAUGAUCCCUUGUCCCUUGGGUGCUUACUGUCCUCUCGGGACGCUGAAUGGAACUACCGGGCUUUGCGAUCCAUACAACUACCAACUACCCCCCGGAAAUCCAAAUCAUACGUGCGGAACCGCCGAUAAAUGGGCUGAUGUGGCAAGUACUACUGAGAUAUUCUGCCCACCUGGUUAUUACUGCCCAACCACUGUCCAGAAAAUAAACUGUAGUAGUGGGCACUAUUGCAGGAUGGGUGCCACUCAUGAAAAUAAAUGCUAUAGUAAGAACUUAUGCAAGCCUAACUCCGCUAAUCAAAAUAUCGCUUUAUUUGGUGCCGUAUUAAUAGUUGCCUUGAGUUUGUUAUUGCUGAUAAUAUACAAUUGCUAUGGUCAAUUUCUCACUAUCCGCGAAAGAAGGCAAGCCAAAUCCAGGGAAUCAGGUGCAAGGUUGGCUAGAGAAUCUGUUAUGGCCCGUGAGAGAUGGAAAGCAGCCACAGAUAUUGCAAGGAAGCAUGUAGUGGAGCUUUCAGCUCAAUUAUCUCGCACAUUCUCAUGCAGGAUGUCCUUUAGACAGCAAUCACAAGUGAAGGUUCUUGGUCAUUCUCAGCAAUCAUCAGAAUCACCUAUCUCAAUGAAUAAUGAGCCAAGUAAUGCUACCGUCGUGAUGCGCUCAGUUGAAGGUGAUAGUGAAAUGGACGAAGUUUCCAAUCUUGAAGUUGGUGGUAAAAUUUUUAAAAAAGGUAAGCACAGGCAUACUAACACUGAAAUCUUCCAGUAUGCAUAUCGUCAAAUCGAAAAAGAAAAAGCGCUUCAGGAGGGAACUAAGAACUUAACACUUUCGGGACUUAUUUCUAUGGCCACUGAGCUGAAACCAAGAACCAGGCCUUUGCUUGAGGUUGCUUUCAACGACUUAACUCUAACUUUGGGAACGAGGAAACUUCUGCACUCAAUAACAGGGAAACUUAUGCCAGGCCGGAUAACUGCUGUUAUGGGCCCAUCUGGGGCAGGAAAGACCACCUUUCUUAAUGCUUUAUCUGGAAAGGCAACAGGAUGCAAGAUGAGCGGCCUUGUUCUUAUAAAUGGAAAAGUAGGGCAGAUUCGUUCAUAUAGAAAAAUCAUUGGUUUUGUGCCACAAGACGAUAUUGUUCAUGGAAACUUGACGGUGGAGGAGAAUCUUUGGUUCAGUGCUAGGUGCAGACUGUCAGCAGGCAUGUCAAAAGCUGAUAAAAUUCUAGUUGUUGAAAGAGUAAUUGAGUCGUUAGGUUUGCAAGCAAUUCGUAAUUCCUUGGUUGGGACAGUAGAGAAGCGCGGAAUUUCUGGGGGACAAAGGAAGCGCGUGAACGUCGGUUUAGAAAUGGUUAUGGAACCAUCUCUUUUGAUUCUCGAUGAACCCACAUCAGGCUUGGAUAGUGCUUCUUCCCAGCUGCUUCUUAGAGCUCUCCGUCGUGAGGCACUUGAAGGCGUGAAUAUAUGCAUGGUUGUUCACCAACCCAGCUAUACCUUGUUCAAGAUGUUUGAUGAUCUAAUCCUUUUGGCCAAAGGAGGUCUAACAGUAUACCAUGGGCCAGUGGACAAAGUCGAAGACUACUUUGCAGGCCUAGGGAUCAACGUCCCUGAGCGCGUGAAUCCUCCAGAUCAUUUCAUCGACAUUUUAGAGGGCAUGGUAAAGCCAAACUCAACGACAACUGUUACAUGUAAACAACUCCCGUUGCAGUGGAUGCUGUAUAAUGGAUACGAAAUACCACCCGAUAUGCAAGAUGAUCUCAAGGAAAUGGAUGCAUCAGUUAGGAGCAGUGAACCAGGUUCCGCGAGGUCUCUUGAUGGGCAAUCUGUUUCUGAUGAAGUAUGGGGUAAUGUAAGGUGUGGCCUAGGGCGAGAGGAAGAAAAGUUAGGCUUCUCAAAAUCAUAUGAUUUGACCAACCGAAAGACACCUGGUAUUUUAAUACAAUACAAGCACUACUUGGGAAGGGUCACGAAGCAGCGCUUACGUGAAGCUAGGAUACAAGCGGUUGAUUAUCUGAUACUAGGUCUAGCUGGGGUUUGUUUAGGGACAAUUGCUAAAGUCAGCGAUGAAUCAUUUGGAUCAGCUGGUUACGGAUACACUGUGAUUGCUGUUUCGCUUCUAUGCAAGAUUGGAGCUCUAAGAUCAUUUUCACUUGAAGGAUUGCAAUAUUGGAGGGAGAGAGAAUCUGGCAUGAGCUCGUUGGCUUACUUCCUCUCGAAAGAUACGAUUGAUCAUUUCAACACGCUUGUUAAGCCAGUAGUCUAUCUCUCAAUGUUCUACUUCUUCAACAAUCCAAGAUCAUCAUUUGUUUCUAACUAUGCAGUUCUGGUCGCACUCGUAUACUGUGUGACUGGUAUUGGUUAUACUUUUGCCAUCUGCUUCCAACAGGCUUCAGCCCAAUUGUGGUCUGCUUUACUGCCCGUUGUUUUAACUUUGAUAUCUACUCAACAUAGAAGCCCAAAGUUUCUGACUAACUUCUGCUACCCAAAGUGGGCGCUAGAGGGAUUUAUCAUCGUAACUGCUCAAAGGUACUCUGGUGUGUGGCUUAUAACCCGCUGUGGCAUGCUAUUCAAAAGCCGAUAUGACAUCAACGAUUGGGCCGUUUGUAUAGCUGUACUCUUUAUCUACGGCCUGAUUUUCCGGUUCAUAGCAUUCAUUUGUAUGAUCAAACUUAAAAAGAAGUGAAAAAUGACACGAAUCAUAAAGGCUGCAUUCGAGCUCUUGCCUUUUUUUUUCUUUUGGCUUUUCUUUUUAUACUUACAUCUUUGUACAUAACCAGUUUUGAGAUUUUCUUUUUCUUUUUUUUUUUUUUGUGGAGAAAGGAUGUAUACUGUGAAAUUGUAAAUUGACCGUAGUUAUUUUUUAAAGGAAUCGUCUUCAAAAUA